ACGCGCCCCCGCCCCUCAGCCACUCCAUUAGCAACCGGCAGUGUCGCUUCGGCUGUUGUUUAGCGCGAGAAAGCACCCCCGUGGGGAGCGGCGACUGGAGCCCGGAUCCCAACCCGGCCCCGCUGUGAGGCGGAGGGAGGAGGAGGAAGCCGCCGUGAUGCCCAAUAUCAAGAUCUUCAGCGGGAGCUCGCACCAAGACCUGUCCCAGAAAAUCGCCGACCGCCUGGGCCUGGAGCUCGGAAAGGUGGUGACCAAGAAGUUCAGUAACCAGGAGACAUGUGUGGAAAUAGGUGAGAGCGUGCGUGGAGAGGAUGUCUACAUUGUGCAGAGUGGCUGUGGUGAAAUCAAUGACAACCUGAUGGAACUUCUCAUCAUGAUAAAUGCCUGCAAGAUCGCAUCAGCUAGCCGUGUCACUGCAGUCAUACCAUGCUUUCCUUAUGCUCGUCAGGACAAAAAAGACAAGAGUCGCGCCCCAAUUUCUGCCAAGUUGGUUGCAAACAUGCUGUCUGUGGCGGGUGCAGAUCACAUCAUCACCAUGGACCUACAUGCUUCUCAGAUUCAGGGUUUUUUUGAUAUCCCUGUGGAUAACUUGUAUGCAGAGCCUGCUGUACUGAAGUGGAUCAAGGAGAACAUUGCAGAGUGGAAGAACUGUACUAUUGUUUCACCAGAUGCUGGUGGAGCAAAGAGAGUGACGUCCAUUGCAGAUCGGCUGAAUGUGGACUUUGCCCUCAUUCACAAGGAGCGAAAGAAGGCUAAUGAGGUGGAUCGCAUGGUGCUGGUGGGUGAUGUGAAGGACAGAGUGGCCAUUCUGGUAGAUGACAUGGCAGACACCUGUGGCACCAUCUGCCAUGCAGCGGACAAGCUUGUAUCAGCUGGAGCCACCAAAGUUUAUGCCAUCCUAACUCAUGGGAUUUUUUCCGGGCCAGCCAUUUCCCGGAUAAACAAUGCCUGCUUCGAGGCAGUUGUAGUCACAAACACAAUACCGCAGGAGGACAAGAUGAAGCACUGCUCCAAAAUCCAGGUUAUUGACAUCUCAAUGAUCCUUGCAGAGGCCAUCAGGAGGACUCAUAAUGGGGAAUCUGUCUCCUACCUAUUCAGCCAUGUCCCCUUAUAACGGAUGCUGGAUGCUGCUUGUGUGGCUUUUUUUAAAACCAAAAGUUGUUCAGCUAAUUAUAAAGUUCAUUAGAAGACUCUGCUUGUUCCAGUGCAGCUCUCCACAGCUCCUCCUCUGCACACAUCAGGCUCAGUUCUGGGAGGGGGUGGGGUGGAGAGCACACAUCUGUAAUGCUCAGGCUCCUGCCAGUAGCAUCCCACUGUGAUUUCCUCAAUAGUUUAAGCUUCCAGUAGUAUUGAGUCAGCACUGCAGAUCCCUGGAGAGCAGAAUUGACAUGGCCAAUUGCCACAACCUUUUUUUGGAGGGGAAGUUUUGCCUAUGGGGAGGUUAGACUACUUUGCAUGCACGCCUGGAUUUUUUUGUAUGGGAAGUAGAACUCCUAAGGACAUGCUGGCCUGAAACUACAGCAAGAGUCCAAGGGAUUGCUGACCCACAUCACUUAUUUUGUACCUGACAGAAGCCCUUAACAAGGUGGUAUAAGGAAGUCUUGUAUGUUGACCAAGUUUCUGACAAGAAGUGAGGCGCUACAGGGUGGGACAGCAGUUUCCUCUUCCGGAAGGAGAUCAAGGAUCUGUCACCUGCUGCCUGGAGUGUACUGUGUUAAACUCCUGAAUUCAGAUUGUUCUACUGAAGAAACUUGUUGCCCUCUAGUUUUCCCCUCCUUUGCCAGUCCAUUAGUGAGUCUAGCCUCCCUGACCUGUAUGUUCCUUGGACAUGUAUCUGCGGGGUAGAUCAAAUGGGCUGAUAUGUUACUUCCUAUUAGAAGUUUUAUUUCUGUGCAUUUUAGCCCCUUCUCUCAUGAAGUUUCUGAUGUAUUUUGUUCUGGUUGCAGUAUUUGCACCCCACCUUUACUCUUUGCCAUGGCAAUACCAGAAUCGGCCAUCUCUACAAAAUCCUCUUCCCUCCUCAAGGAAUCUUGGGAAUGUUAAUGGAGGAAGAGGUAGGCUGCAGGACUUUGGAGGCCUUAGGAAGUGCUAAGGAUGGCUGAGUCAGCCAGCUGUUCUUCAUGUAAGGUGCUCAGUGAUAGUAGGUCAGGCGAGACUUGUUCCCUCUGCAGCUUUUAUUGACGUUUUCUCAAUGUCACACUUAACUCCAGGCAGUUUCUUUCCUAAAGUAGGAAGAGAAGAAACAAUCAAGCCUAGAGCUGUCUCCAAUGCUCCUGCCUGUAGAAUAGGCAUCAUCCAAAACUUGAAUGCAUGGUAGUUGCACCAUCCCACAAUAAGCGGUUAAACCAGUCUUUCCUGGACUCUUACGAGGUAGCAAACCAAGCUGGUUCUUGUAUGCAUUUUGCUUUUAUAAACAGUCUUGUCUAACUUUGGAGAUAGGGAAGGGAGUUAUUUGGAGUCACUUGUAUCUACAGCCAGUAUCAGGUGGGAGAUAAGUGUAGCUGGAAAAAGCUGGCUGUCUAGAUUUGGAGUGGUUCUUUUAGUUGUUAGGUAUUGUGCCUUUUUUUUAAGUAAGAUUUCCCCCUCUCCCUCCCUAGAAUUUUUGUCUUGCAGUAACUUAAAACCCUACACUGUAAGGGGGGGGGUGGUGUAUGAGAAGUUGGUGUUUGUCUAGAAAGUGUGUAUGUUUGCUUCUUUGCUUUGCUUCCUGCAUUGAGCUCAACUGAGGGGUCCAUCCAGGACUUCUGCCUCCUACUUCAAAGCUCCUGCUGGUUCACUGCCAAUACAUUGUGAUCAAAAGCCAAGAGCAAGGACAUCAAAGCAGUGUGAGGAUUUUCAGCAGCAUUUGUGUUUAAACUAAAACCUCAAUGAAGGAAUUAAACUUUUGUUUAAAAAAAAAUGACAGACUUUUUUUUGUAAUUUGUAAAUGCUUUUAAAACACGUAUGGCGCUAUUGAGCCUCUGUAUGUUCUGUUAUUGAGAGCUUGAGCAUCCAUAGGUUGGUGAAGGACAGAAGAACUUUCAGUUCCUUUGUAGUAGCAAUAUACCACUUGUGUGGAAGAAAUAUUAGAGCCCAGGUACCUUUGCUAGAGGAUGCAUUAGUUUCAUAUCAGAUACAUCUGAUCUUAGCCAAUUCAGUAAACAUGGUAGCUCAGCUAGUUAAGUUCUCGGUGCUAAAUGCAGUUUCUGUUCUACUUAUACAGUUCCCAUCAUCGUAUCUUGAGCACCUGUUCUGUCUUAAAUACCACUCAGAUAUGUAAUGACAUUAAUGGGAUUAAAAUAACCGUGAAUUUGAAAUUGUUCACUAGCCCCUUUUAAGAUUUUGUUUCACAGGUUUCUUUGGAAAGAGAUGAGGGUACAGGUAAGUUGCAUGACUGUCAAGUAGUGACAUUAAGAACCUUUCUUUAGUGCACAAGACACUGAUUCACAUGAAAAAUAUUAUGGGGGGAGUUGGGAGAAUCCAAAAGCUACUUGAAAUGUACUGCCUGCCCCUCCAUUGCUAGCAGGCACACCAAUUCUGCUUUGGACAAGUCUCAUUGUGCAUAGGUAGAACUUAGUGAUUUAGCAGCACUGUAAAGCACCACUUGAAAGAGAGGUAUUGGUUAAAAAUAGGGCUGUCAAGCGAUUACAAACACAGUAGCUCCUCACUUAAAGUUGUCCCGGUUAAUGUUUCGUUGUUACGUUGCUGAUCAAUUGGGGAACAUGCUCAUUUAAAGUUGCGCAAUGCUCCCUUCUAAUGUCGUUUGGCAGCCACCUGCUUUGUCCACUGCUUGCAGGAAGAGCAGCCUGUUGCAGCUAGCUGGUGGGGGGCUUGGAACCAGGGUGGACCAGCAGCCCCCCUAUCGGCUCCCUGCUACUCUAAGUUCCCUGUACAGCAGCUGCCCAGCAGGCUAUCAAUUGCUGGCAGUUCAGCUGUCUCUCCCCCCACUGCCAUGUGCUGCUCCUGCCGUCUGCCUUGGAGCUGCUCCCUGAGACUCCUGCUUGCUGUACGGGGGGAGGAGAGGAAAGGAAGAGGGUGCCUGUUAGGGUGUCCCCCUGCUCCUGCACCCCGCUUACCCCAUCCUCCAUAGAGCAUGGGGGACGCACAACAGGGCUCAGGAUGGAGGGAGCUUGCUGGCAGCAGCUGUGGUCUCAGCAAGCUGAUCUAAUUAACAAGGCAGUAUACUUAAGAGUGGGGUCAGCAUACUUAAAGGGGAAAUGCGCAUCUCUCUCUCUUACAUUUGGUGUGUGUCUCUGUCUCUGUCUCCAAUGCUCUCUCCCCUCCCUCCAUUCCUGUUGCCUUGUAGAGUGUGGAGUUAACCCUUGAGGGCUCAGCCAAUUGCUAGUUCAUCAUUUAGCAGUAAGGCAUCCCCUGGG